GCUGCAGAAAGCACAUGUUCUAGGAGGCUAUGUGAAUGUGAACGAAGAUUCUUUUACACCGGGUGGUGCUUCUAUGUUCAUGUAGCUGUGAAGAACAAAAAUUAAUUUCAGCCAUGGUUCGUAUGAAUGUAUUAGCUGACGCUUUGAAGUCUAUCAACAAUGCUGAGAAACGAGGCAAACGACAGGUUCUCCUUAGACCCAAUAGCAAAGUGAUUGUCAAAUUCUUGACUGUCAUGAUGAAGCACGGUUACAUUGGCGAGUUUGAGAUUGUCGAUGACCAUCGCAGUGGAAAGGUAGUUGUAAAUUUAACUGGAAGAUUGAACAAAUGCGGUGUUAUCAGCCCUCGUUUCGAUGUACCAAUCACACACAUUGAAAAAUGGACCAAUAAUCUACUCCCAAGUAGACAAUUUGGUUAUGUCGUAUUGACCACAAGUGGAGGUAUUAUGGAUCAUGAGGAGGCCAGGAGAAAACAUCUCGGAGGAAAAAUCCUUGGAUUCUUCUUCUAAAUUAAUUUUGUAAAUGUUACAAAAAUAUUAUUGACAACAAUGUUAUAUUUA